AUGUUGGCAACAACAGAUAUUCCAGACUGGUGCUAUACGGAGAGUGGAUUUGAAUUCAAACAUGAUGCUUUACCAACAGGAGAGAGACUCACUGAAAUGUGGAAGAAGUCACCAUUACAAUACGUUGAUAAGGUAGAGGCUCCACUGCUGAUCAUGCUGGGGUUGGAUGAUGCCAGAGUUCCUCCCAAGCAGGGUGAGCAGUACUAUAAACAACUGAGGGCCAGGAACAAAAAGGCCAGAUUGAUUGGCUACAAAGAGAACUGUCAUCCUAUUGAUACAGUCGAGGCUGCAGCAGAUUCCUGUAUGAAUAUUCUGGACUGGUUCUGGCAACACUUGGAUUAAGUUGGAAGCUGGCAACUUAAAUUAAGUCUGAUAGCAGGAGAUAUUUCAAAUACUUUGUUCACAACACACUUGAAAAUGAUCCUGUCAUAUAAUGAACCGGUACUAGGGAUUAUUUUUUUAUUGUUAUGCAG